UUGAUCGUAAAUUAAAAGAAAAAUUCUCGAAAAUGAUAACCCAAAAUCUUGUUUUAGUUGUAACAGGAGCUUCUGCUGGUAUUGGCAGUGGGAUUGUUCUAGUAGCUAUCCAAAAUGGAGCCCGGGUUAUUGGAUGUAGUAGAAGUAGUGAAAAACUCGAAACAUUAAAAAAUGAAGUAAUUAAGCGAGGUUAUUCUGUAGAUUCCUUUAACUAUGUGGUUGGUGAUGCAUCAAACAAAGAUGUUGCAAAAACUACUAUCGAAAAAGCUAUUGAACUUUACGGUCGCAUUGACGCUGCCUUAAAUAUGUUAACCGCAUGUUUGGCUGAAGAAGAAAAAGAAAUUCAAACAAUCGCGAUUUGUCCAGGACCAGUAUUCACAGAGUCUUUGGAAGCUAACUAUAGCAAACGUGCCCCAUAUUUCAAAGCGUUUCAAGAAAAAUAUAGUAUAAAAGAAUUUCGUGAAAGAUCAUUCCAUCCUGAAGAUACAGGACACUAUGUUUGGGGUUUGAUUACUAAAUUUCCCACAGAAUUUAACGGAAAGUUUGUAUUGUCUACUGAACCUUCUUUAGCCA